GGGCAGCGCGGGUCACCGACGAAGGGGCAGCAGGGAGCGGCCCUUCCCCGCCCCCGGCGGCGUCCCCUCCCCGCGUGGCGGCUCUGACGGCGCUCUCUCCCGCAGCUGCACCUGGGCAGGAGCGCGCCACGCCGCCGCGAUGACCACGCUGGCCGGGGCCGUGCCCAGGAUGAUGCGGCCCGGAGCCGGGCAGAGCUACCCGCGCGGCGGCUUCCCGUUGGAAGUCUCUACACCUCUCGGCCAGGGCAGAGUCAAUCAGCUCGGAGGAGUGUUCAUCAACGGACGGCCGCUGCCCAACCAUAUCCGCCACAAGAUCGUGGAGAUGGCGCACCACGGCAUCCGGCCCUGUGUCAUCUCCCGGCAGCUGCGCGUGUCCCACGGCUGCGUCUCCAAGAUCCUCUGCCGCUACCAGGAGACGGGCUCCAUCCGCCCGGGGGCCAUCGGCGGCAGCAAACCCAAGCAGGUGACGACGCCGGACGUGGAGAAAAAAAUCGAGGAGUACAAGCGGGAGAACGCGGGGAUGUUCAGCUGGGAGAUCCGCGACAGGCUGCUCAAGGACGGCGUCUGCGACCGCAACACCGUGCCCUCAGUGAGCUCCAUCAGCCGCAUCCUGCGGAGCAAGUUUGGGAAAGGCGAGGAGGAGGAGGCCGAGCUGGAGAGGAAGGAGGCGGAGGAAGGAGACAAGAAGGCGAAGCACAGCAUCGACGGCAUCCUCAGCGAGAGAGCAUCAGCACCCCAGUCCGAUGAAGGCUCUGAUAUCGAUUCUGAACCAGACUUACCUUUAAAAAGAAAGCAGCGUCGCAGCAGGACAACCUUCACAGCAGAGCAACUGGAAGAGCUGGAGCGAGCUUUUGAGAGGACACACUACCCUGACAUUUAUACUCGGGAAGAACUCGCACAAAGAGCCAAACUCACAGAAGCUCGAGUUCAGGUCUGGUUCAGCAACCGCCGUGCUAGAUGGAGGAAGCAGGCAGGAGCCAACCAACUGAUGGCUUUUAACCACCUGAUCCCAGGAGGGUUUCCACCCAGCGCCAUGCCGACUCUGCCGACAUACCAGCUCUCUGAGCCGUCCUAUCAGCCCACCUCCAUACCGCAAGCCGUGUCUGAUCCAAGCAGUACAGUCCAUAGACCUCAGCCUCUCCCUCCAAGCACUGUACACCAAAGCAGCCUCCCUUCAAACCCAGAGAGCAGCUCUGCCUAUUGCCUACCCAGCACCAGGCAUGGAUUUUCCAGCUAUACAGACAGCUUUGUGCCUCCGUCCGGGCCCUCAAAUCCCAUGAACCCUGCCAUUGGCAAUGGCCUUUCACCUCAGGUAAUGGGACUCUUGACUAAUCAUGGUGGUGUGCCUCACCAGCCCCAAACUGAUUAUGCCCUGUCCCCUCUGACUGGAGGUCUGGAGCCCACCACCACUGUCUCAGCCAGCUGCAGUCAGCGGCUAGAUCACAUGAAGAGUUUAGACAGCCUGCCUACGUCCCAGUCCUACUGCCCACCAACCUACAGCACCACCGGCUACAGCAUGGACCCUGUCACGGGCUACCAGUAUGGGCAAUAUGGACAAAGUGCCUUUCAUUAUCUGAAGCCAGAUAUUGCAUAAAUGAACUGUCCACUUCAAGUUAAAGCUGGUGUUGUUUUCCGGUCUCGCUCCAGAGCUUGGAUACCAGGGAUCUUCUCAACACACUGCAGUCUAAACUGGGGCAGUCCCAGUGAGAGAAGUAGGCUUGUUCUGUUCUCUCCAGUCAUAGCUUUUAGUAAACUUUUGAAGACUGAACAAAGCUAUACAGAAGACAAAGGCCAAAAGCAAUAAUGAAUAAAUAAAUGCGACAUAGUUCAUUAUGAGUGGGUACACAAAACAGAGCAGAAUUUAAUAUUGCUGCCUGGCAAAACAUUCCGUUUUUUUUGUUGAAAUUAAUAUGCAUUGAUUGGGACAAAUGGAACAUUCUGAAAUUUAGCAGUUGAGCUCUGCAUACUCUGACUCAUCUGGCAUCCAGUGCUGACUUCAGUCUAACUUCAGUCAAACUUCAGUUAAAGCUGCCCAGUUUCUGAAGCAUGGGCAGCAGAACCUCUUUCGUUACACACUGGAAAUUGUCAUCAAGAGGAAAUGUCACAGACCUUGGGAAGCUAGGAUAAAUGCAAAAGGCUUCCAGAGCAACUUACUGGUAAUCUUACUAUGCUUCUGUAAUCAUGUUGUCAAUAAAUGUCACAAGUUUUGCUUUACCAAGAGACAAGAUCUCAUGUAACAUGGAAAAUACAUUCUCUCUUUUUAUGUGGAGUUUUCCUGGUCCAUUGUACCUUUUUGAAGAAACAUGGAGGAAAAAAAUCGACGUGACUGAUUUUUUCACAACUGCCUAGCAAUGUGCAAUACUGUGUACCUCACACAAACUUUGGAAUCAUCCAAAGUCAUAUAGAUAGAAUCAGAACUAUAUUUUUGCAGGUACUUUUAUUUUUGCAGUGCAUAAUUCCUAAUGAUCAAAUACAGAAAUGUUGCAGUGUGCUGGACAGCUAAAAUCCAGCUUGUUAAUCAUGAUUUAAAGGUCAUUUUCAGGAAACGGUAAUGAAAAAUGAUUACGUUUACAUUUUUUAGUGAUGUACAGGACAUGAACAGAGAUGGGCCUGUACACAACACAGUUGUUUAAAUUAUACAGUGAUAUCCAAUAUAGAAAUUAAUUAUAGGAACCAAGGUUUACAAGAAGUUUGCAUUGUGACAUUUUAGAAUGUCAAUAAAUUUGUGUUUUGUGAUGUUGAGAGGAACAGGAAGAUGGAAGGCGGUGUUAUUUAUUUCUCUCUAUUCUUUGAACAAAGAGAGAGGCAGAACACAAAUACAUUCCUUUUAGUGUUAAGGACAAUGAAGUAGAGCAUUAGACUAGAUUCAGUACAGAGGUUAGUUCGCACAUUGGUCUUAAGGGAGAGGGAAAAAUGAAAUCUUUGUGUUACAGCCUCUACCAACAACAUGUUGUAAAAAAACAAACGAACGAACAAAACAACAAAAACAAAAAACAAACGUCUUUCAUGUAAAAA